AUGGACAGGGAUGUGGAUGCUGCCGUGGACAGGAGUGUGGAUGAUGCUGUGGACCUGGGUGUGGAUCCUGCUGCGGACAGUGGUGUGGAUGAUGCUGCUGUGCACUGGGGUGUGGAUGAUGCUGCCGUGAACAGGGAUGUGAAUGCUGCCAUGGACGGGGCUGUGGAUGAUGCCGUGGACGGGGGUGUGGAUGAUGCUGUGGACGUGGGUGUGGAUGAUGCCACAGACCUGGGUCAUCACAUCUGCUCAUGGCCUCUCUUCUGCCCCCCUCGCAGCCCCCCUGGCCACAGAGAGGAGCCUUACUUGACAGAGGCGGGAAGGGACGCUUUCGACAAGUUCUGCAGGCUCCGCCAAGGGGAGCUUCAGCUGCUUGCUGGGGGCGUCCUACAGGCCCCGCAGCCCGUGCUGGUGAAGGAGUGUGAGCUGGUGAAAGAUGUGCUGAACGUCUUGAUUGGGGUCGUGUCUGCCACGUUUUCCCUCUGCCAGCCGGCCCAGGCCUUUGUGGUGAAGCGGGGUGUCCACGUGUCAGGAGCGUCUCCCGAGAGCGUCAGCAGCCUGCUCUCGGAGGUGGCCGAGUAUGGGACGUGCUACACACGCCUGAGUCACUUCUCUCUGCAACCUGUCCUGGACUCUUCGUACAGCAAAGGCCUCGUGUUCCAGGCCUUCACCAGUGGCCUGAGGAGGUACCUGCAGUAUUACCGGGCCUGCGUCCUUUCCACUUCGCCCACCCUGAGCCUCCUCACCAUUGGUUUUCUCUUCAAGAAACUGGGCCGGCAGCUCAGGUACCUGGCCGAGCUCUGUGGCGUUGGUGCUGUGCUCCCAGGCACCUGCGGAGGAGGCCCCAGGGCUACGUUUCCCACCGGUGUGAAGCUGCUGUCCUACCUCUACCAGGAGGCGCUGCACAACUGCAGCAACGAGCACUACCCUGUGCUGCUGUCCCUGCUGAAGACCAGCUGCGAGCCCUACACCCGGUUCAUCCAUGACUGGGUGUACAGCGGGGUGUUCAGAGACGCUUAUGGCGAGUUCAUGAUUCAGGUGAACCACGAGUACCUCAGCUUCCGAGAUAAGUCAUACUGGACACAUGGCUACGUGCUCAUCUCCAAAGAGGUGGAGGACUGUGUUCCCGUGUUUCUGAAGCACAUUGCCCACGACGUGUACGUCUGCGGGAAGACUAUUAACCUGCUGAAGCUCUGCUGCCCCCGGCAUUACCUCUGUUGGUCUGACGUCCCCGUCCCCCGGAUCUCGGUGAUUUUCUCCCUCGAGGAGUUGAAGGAGAUUGAGAAGGACUGUGCCGUGUAUGUUGGGCGCAUGGAGAGGGUGGCCCGCCACAGCUCUGUCAGCAAGGAGGAGAAGGAAUUACGUAUGGAAAUUGCAAAACAAGAAUUAAUUGCUCAUGCCCGGGAAGCAGCAUCCAGGGUCCUGAGUGCACUGAGUGACCGGCAGAUGUCAGAACGGAUGGCCUUGGAUGCCCGAAAGCGCGAGCAGUUUCAGAGGCUGAAAGAACAGUUUGUGAAGGACCAGGAGCGACGCCAGGCGGCCAGGCAGCAGGAGCUGGAUGAUGACUUCAGCUACGCCCGUGAGCUCCGAGACAGGGAGAGGAGGCUGAAGUCCCUGGAGGAGGAGCUGGAGAGGAAGGCGAGGUAGGGCAGCCGGGGCUCCAGGCCUAGGGGAGCAGCGUGGCAGGAGCCCUGUAGCUCUGGCUUAAUCUCACUGAUGAUUUUACUUUUUGUUUUGAAAACCUUCAAGCAACAUUAAGGUAGAAAGACCAAUAUGCUGAACCCAGAGUGGCUGUGGCCGUUCUGCCAUAUCCAGGUGUCCUUAGCCGUCCUGCGUGUUGUCUUGUGGGUGGUUUGUAUGGAUUAGGGUCCAGGCGAGGCCUGCAUACUGUUUGGGGUCCUGUCUCUAUUUUCUUUUUUUUUUUGAGA